GUAGUUUGUGUCAUUCAUGUAGCCCUUCCAGAUAUGGUUUGUAUCGUAUUGCCCUUAGAUUUUGCCAUUGAUGUUGUUAUUGGUGUUAUUAUUGCUGAUGGUAAAAUUUUAUUAUUGGUGUUACCUUGGAAUUUCACCAUUGGUGUCGCUAUUGCUGAUGGUAGAUUUCAUCAUUGGUAUUGGCAUUGCAAGAG